AUUCUCACGGCAAACAGCAGCAGAGGAGCUAAGCUACGCUAACACAUAAUCUUAUAGGCAUGUUAUAACCACAGGACAAACCAGAACCUCAGAUUUUAAUUUGACCACCGACUUUUCAGAGAGUUUACCUCCAGUCGGUUGCGUUUUCGCUUCGUGGCUUGAAUCGAAGCCUUAAACCACAGUUUUUCUUUUUUAAGUGUGAGCUCACUGAGUUAGCUUCUGCACUGCUAUCAUGGCUGAGUUUGGCUUUAACGAACAUCAUCAGAAUGAGGUCAUCAACUACAUGAGAUUUGCACGUUCCAAGCGAAUCCUGAGGCUGAAGACCAUCGAUUCCUGCUUUGAGGAACUCAAAGACAGCAGGCUGGUGGACGAGACCUUCACCGUGGACGAGGUGAAGGAGAUGCUGGACGGGCUGCAGGUGGUGGUCACAGGUGAGGUGGAGAUGGAGCUGAUCAACACGGCCCACACCAACGUCCUGCUGCUGCGGCAGCUCUUCUCACAGGCAGAGAAGUUUUACCUGCGACUGCAGAGUGACAUCUCAGAACUGGAGAACAGAGAGCUGUUGGAACAAGUGGCUGAAUUUGAGAAGACCGAUUUUAAAAGCACUGACAAGAUUAACCAGGAGAUGAGCAAACCCAAGUUAGCGCCACUGAACGAAGGCGGGGUCUCGGAACUUCUCAACAAAGAGAUUUCAAGACUACAGGAGGAGAACACCAAACUGAAAUCAAGGUUACGCACUUUAGAAACACAGGCCAUGAGUGCACUGGACGAGAGCACAAAGACAAAGCAAGCGCUGAAGGACCUGCAGAAGGUUCAGGGAGAACAGCAGUCCGCUGCUCAAUCCCAGGAGAUCAACAGUCUGGAGGACACCGUGGCGGCUCUGAAAGACGACUACGAAAAGUCCCUCAGCGUCAACGCCGCCUCUCAGAAGGACCUGCAGGAGAACCUGGUGUCUGCGAAACACGAUCUGCUCAGGGUUCAGGAACAGCUGACCCUGGCUGAGAAGGAGCUGGAGAAGAAGUUCCAGGAGACUGCUGCCUAUCGCAACAUGAAGGAAAUCCUGACCAAGAAGAACGAUCAGAUCAAAGACCUGAGGAAACAAUUGCAGAGAUACGAGCCCAGUGAAUGAGUUCAGUAAGGAAUUAAAAACAAAACAAA